CACGUACCGCGCACCGCCCCUUCCGGCCCCUCUCCUCGCAACGGCCCCAAGCCUUCUGCCAUGCCGGGCGCCUCUGGGCUCAGGCCCACUACUCCCUCACAGCCACUGCUGCUCGGCCUCUGCGGCUGGCUGGACAGGUUCCCGCUCAGCCGCCCCAAGCGGCACCUGGCUCGGGACUUCAGCGACGGCGUGCUGGUAGCUGAGAUUGUGAAGCACUUCCAUCCACGCCUUGUGGACCUGCACAACUACAUCCCUGCCAGCAACACGGACCAGAAGCUCAGCAACUGGAGCCUUCUCAACAGGAAAGUCUUUCACAAGCUGCACUUCUGUGUCUCAGAGGCAGAUAUCCGAAAGGUGGUGGCCAGCGUGCCCGGAGCCAUUGAGCCCAUCCUUUGUGCACUGAGAGAGAAGGUGGAGGCCGGCACUGUUCAUGCAGUCUCACCUGGUACAGCUGAUCCAGGACUCUCCAGUGUGGAUGCUGACCAACCUUUGGUGGAGGUGCCCACCCACACAUAUACUGGCCUGCCAGAUUCCCCAGAUCCUUCCAGUGUGAAGACUCUUCACAACCAGAGAGCUUUGAAGAAGAUGGACUGCUGUGCUUGUCUAUGUGGAGACCCAGCCAAAGGGGCCUGGGAGCACCUAGCCAGGGUCCAGCAGCUGCUGGAAGACAAGGAGCAGGCGCUAGCCAUUCUGCAACAGAUAGUCCAGAUUUUGCAGAUGAAGGUGGUGAGGUUGGAGCACCUGGUACAACUGAAGGACCAGCGGAUUGAGGAGCUGAUGAGACCUGGACCUAGGGAGUGACCCUGCCCUGAAUCCACCUGGAGCCUCUGCCAGCCAGGGCUUCUUCCACACAGUCCUGCACUACCCUGUCCAGAGGUUCAGAGUGGGCACAGAUGUGGGCUCUGGGACUACUGGGGCUACUUGUCCCAGGGGUUUUUGCUGAGCAUCACUGGUAUAGACAGAGAUCGAAUGUUCCCUCCAGCCCUGUGAUGGCUCCUCAUUGCUUCAUUUGUGAGCACAUGAAGCCUCACUGUGUGCAGUAUCUGGGGCUUGGGGUCACACUACCCAGAGUGGGUGGGGACCACUGUGGUCAGCCAUGUGGCUCUGGAAUAACAACCACCCUGGAGUCUGAAGAAAAUUCCCCUGACAGGGGCCCAGGCAA